ACCGUCGCAACUUAGCAGCUCGGAGACGUAAAAAGGACAUUUGCCAGAGGGAAAAAUGUACCGAUUUUUAUCUCGGACUGUGUGGGCACCACGAAUCCCGUCUCUCUGCGUUUACGAGCCGUGCCCAGAUAAAUGUGAAACACUUUCCAGGGUCUUCAGUGGAGUUGGAGUAAACGCUCUCAGCACAAGUUCAUUCAGACUCUAUGAAAAGAAMGACCCGUCCAGUCAAGGUGAAACAAAAGGUAGCCAGACAAAGAUCAACCAUGAAGAGGAGCCGGCAGCUUUGAAGGUGGAUGAUGGAGGGACCUCACAUCAGGAGGCGGGCGAUAAAGCUGAACAGGUUUCGUCCAAGCCGAAACAAGUCAAGGCUGCUAAAAAUCAAAAGCAAAACCUCCUGGACCUUCUUCAAUCCAUUAAAGUUAAAGUCACCAGGAAAGAGAGGCCGAGAAGCUUGGAUUUGAAGAAAAUCUUUGAAUCAGCUAAACCGCAUCAAUCCAAGCAAGCAGUAAUGGAGAGGGACGUCAGUAURUUUCAGAAGGCGACAGCGGAGGUUUCAACAGAGAGUGAAACGCUGGAUCCUAAUCUGGUCGCAGCGGCAUCUGCUGCUGCCUCCACUCUUCCUAAGAGAAGGCAGGCAGCGUCRGAGCUGCUGAGGCAGCUGAGGGAGCGUAAAACCCUCACUGAGGCUCAGAGAAAAGGCGAUGCCAACAGCAUUAGAGAAGUUAUUGCUGACAUGAGAGUGAAGAAGAGGAAAAAUCUUCAGAACGCUUCGCCGACCCACCGGAUGACGUUUUACGAUGACGAAUUUGAGCGAGGAAAUGUCACCGGCGAGCUGGCCUACUUACGGACAAUUUCUAGGAGGGAAACUUUGUCAAAAAAGAGACUUGACAUUUUCUCCCCUGCUAACCAUGAAGACGUGGCUGAAUUAGCAGUUGCUAAACCAACGCUAUGGGACAUAGAAUUUGCCAAUGAAUUGUCUCAGGCGGUCGACCAGUCUCCUUCCAACCUGUUUGAGGAGAUGAUCCAGUGGACCAGAGAGGGGAAACUGUGGCAGUACCCCAUUAACAAUGAGAGCGGCCUCGAGGAGGAAGCCAGCGUCCCGUUCCAGGAGCACAUCUUCUUGGAGGAACACCUGAAGGAGGGUUUUCCUGAUAGUGGACCGGUUCGUCACUUCAUGGAGCUGGUGGUGGCGGGUCUGUCCAGGAAUCCCUACCUGAGCGUGCAGCAGAAGAAGGAGCACAUCGCCUGGUUCAGAGAUUACUUCCAUCAAAAGGAGGAGGUCCUCAAYGAUGCCAACAUAUACCUCAGCUAGACUCGAGACGGUUGAACGUGUUUAACAGAUUGUUUGACGUGGACACUCAAAAACAGGAUGGCUUUCUUCCAGUGGGACUUAUUCUCAUUAUCCUGUAGAAACAGAAUCACAGGUUUUUUUUUAUAACAAUCUGUAUUUGCAGUGAGGAUGUCCAGAAAAAAAGUGGACUGUUUACUGUUUUCAUUAGUUAAAURCUUCUAAAAACAGAUCAUCUGUCAGUGUGUUGUUAAAAUAAAAACACAUCAGUAGUUUCAUUAAACUCAAAGGRGAGUUUCACAUUAAA